AUGAAGAUGAGGCCUAACGAAGACGGAACUGGACCUUCCCCUUCCCAUCCCUCUUCCCAUCCCUCCCUCGGCGUCGCCUCGUGCAUCUGGAGUCCUGGACUGAGCGCGAGCGCUGAGCAGGAGCAGGAGCAGGAGCUGAUCACUCUGUCGGCACGCACUACGCCCUUCAAGCUUCAACCCCCGUCACGGACUCGUAGUUUCGUAGUCUCGUAG